CGCCAGCUGAGACGUGGAUACCGUUUGCUAAUCAACGACUCGACUCGCUCGACUCCAAAGCGCGAUACGUACCGAUAUCCCAGACCACAGAAGCACCACAUGCUUCACUGACCCGCACAACAACACAACGGCACAAGACGAAGCAAGCAAGGAAGAAAGAAGAGACGAUGGCGGAGAUCACAGAAGAGCAGAUGGAACAGUUCGAGGAGGAACUGCGCACAAAGGGCUUUCGAGCCUACAGGGACAAGCCGCUGGAGUUUAAAAACAAUCCCAAGUUUGCAGUGAUCGCAGCGGAGCAUGGCAUCUGGAGGAGUUUAACCCCAGAAAUGAAAAACAACAAAGAAGUCGCACGUAUGGCUGUCAUGAUUGAUAGCAACGUUUUGAAAUCGGUUUCCAGGGAGCUGCGUGAUGACCGUGAUAUUCUGGUUACUGCCGCCGAGUUUUCCCUGGCAUACGGUGUUUUUGAGUACGCCUCCGACAGGCUUCAAAAGGACAAGGCAGUGCUGACAGCUGCGGCCAAACGGGAGGACAACAUCUUUCUAGAUUACAUCCCCGCUGAGUACUUGGAUGACGAGGAGUUCGUCCUGGGACUCCUACGGAACGCAACUCGAAGCAACGGUAUGCACUAUAUUUCGGAGAGGCUACGAAGCGACAGAGAGUUCAUGCUCAAAGCAGUGAAAGCAAACUGCCAGGUCCUAACGUGUGCCUCCAAAGAGCUUAAAGACGACGAAGAAAUUGUCACAGAGGCUUUAAAAAGAGAUGAACGUCGGGGCUACUCGGGCGGGCUGCUGUAUUGUGUCUCCAAGCGGCUGCAGGACAGCAUCCCCGUUGUGCUGGAAGCUUUGAAGACCAACAGUCGUGCAUUGGAAAGUGCCUCCGAGAGGCUCAAAUCUCACAAACCGACCGUGCUGUUUGCUGUCACUCAUGGUUGGGAUAAUUUGUGGAAAGCCUCCGCAAGUCUUAAGGACGAUUAUGACGUUGUGCUGGCCGCAGUCACCAGCAAGAGAGGUUAUGGGCACAACGACGCUCUGAGAUGUGCCUCCCCAAGGCUCCGCGACUUUGAGGACAUUGUGCGAGCGUCUACUAUUCGAGAACCUUCGAGCUUGGCCCACGCUUCCGAUCGCCUAAAGGACAAAAAGGACAUGCUUCUCGAGGUCCUGGUGUUUAGUGGAGAUGCCCUGCAGCAUGCAUCCACCAGACUGCAGAAUGACAAGGUCGUUGUUCUGAGAGCUGUCCAAAAAUCAGGAAAGGCGCUGAGGUGGGCUUCUGAGACCCUCAAAGACGACCGAGAUGUGGUACUCACGGCUCUCAUGCAAGACUGUCUCAGUCUGGAGUUUGCUUCUGACAGGCUCAAGGCGACCAAGGAGGUCGUCAUGGUCGCUCUGGCCACUUGGAAUGCUCGCCGCAUCGAGUGCCUGAGGCACCUCCCCGACGCUUUGUUCGAUGACGCCGAAAUUAUGCUCAUAGCCAUGGCCAAGAUCCACGGCGAAGGAGAUUGGGAGGAAUGGCCAAUGUCUCGUGUCCACGAAGUAGGAACAGUUUCCAGCAGGCUUCUCACGGACAGGGAUUUUCUGCUGGAUGCAGUCACCAUUUGUGGUCAUGAUGCGCUCAACAAGUUGACAGACAAAGAGCUAAGGGAGGACCCUGUCUUUGUGAAGAUUGCCACAGAACGCGAGCUAGGGCUUGAAAGGAAGGCAGCCGAAUGGGAAGCUUCCCGGCGAAAACAGAAAAAGAUCAGGGUCUUUUGCGAGGACAGAGAAGCAGCGCUUGAUUUGAUCAGAGAAGAUGCCUCCAAUCUCAAGCGUGUAGGCUGGGAACUCCGCAACGACGACGAGUUCCUGCUGGAGGCAUUCGCUAUUGAUGGUUUGGCUCUGGAGCAUUCUUGUCAGCUUGGCGGCAAAAAGGAUAUUGUUGCCAUCAAACAAAAUGGCAAGGCCCUUUUGUGGGCCUCGGAAUACACGCUGGACGACAAGGAGCUGGUUUUGGAAGGUCUUGGUUCCAUUGACAGGAACCAGGAGGUGGUCAGAAAGAUCGUCGACAGAUUGCCGACUCGGCUCCGAACAGACCGCGACGCGUUUUGUGCAGCAAUGAGAAAGUACGAGGUCCCCAACGAUCCACAGACUCUGUAUGAUGACGAAGAGUUCAUCAUGGAUUGUUUGAGGACGGGUUUUGACGUCUUCAGCUUUGCCUCACAGAGGUUGAAGAACGAGAUGUCAGUUGUGGUGGCUGCUGUUGAGGUCUCUCCAAAGAACAUUUCCCACGUUCCACUGGAGCUGCUAAUGUCCAGUGAUUUUCUGAACAGGCUUGCCGCAGCAGUGCAGUUUCACGAUCAUUUGAAGAGGCUCGGAAAGGACAAGCUCGUGUACGCCGGUGAGGAUUUCUCAACAUUGCUCUGUCGCAACGCGUGGGUGGAUGUCUUGGCAAAGUGCAGCAGCGUGGCCCCCAGCCAAAUGGCCGCCAGUGCCCUCUUUUACUUUCUGUCUCAAAACCCAGCCCUGUGUUUCUGAGGUGGUUUCGUGUGUUGGUUUCGUGAAGCCCGCCCCCCUGUCGUUCUGUCUGGUCUGUCAAUAGAAUGCAAGUGUGGGAAAACGUUUCGUUUCGGGUUUUGCCCCCUUUGCAGGGGUGGCACACUCCGGAAAUCAUUGCCAAAGAAGAUUGCUUUUUCGUAAUCAGUCAUAAUUCCUUGCUU